AUGACUUUCUCAUGGGAAAAUCAAAAUAGUUCUCGCAAUUGCUACCAGACGCAUAUGGGAACAAUUCAACUUAAAUCAGACGCGAGUCAACGAAUUAUCUCAUUUAAUUAUUCAAAUGCAAAUAAGUGUUCAAACCCGAAAAAAAUGACCCAAUUUCAUGACAAAAGUUAUGGUUGUCACAGAGCAAUAGGCUUUCGACUCUAG